AGUAAUUUUGCAAUGGAUUGUGCAACCGUGAUCGAUGAAGCUGUGAAACGAUUUUUCGCGGAGGGAAACAACGAGGUGCACUCGUGGCUCCUGACGGUUCAGGCCUCUCCACAGGCCUGGACGUUUGUCUGGGAGCUCCUUGAUCCUUCAAAGUCAAGGGAAACCCAGUUUUAUGCAGCAACCACACUGCAUGCCAAAAUCUCCAAACAAUGGGACGAAGUGCCUAAGAGCGAAUACCCUGCUCUGCAAGAGCGUCUGAUAAAUUUUAUGAAGCAACCAAACAUGCCUAAAAAUGUUCUCUCUAAAUUAUGUCAAGCGUUAGCCGGAUUUGUAGCAAAUACUAGUGCUGUUGCAGAGAAUGAGGAUAAGAAUAAAAAUGUUGUGGAUGAAUUGAUGAGGAUGUUAUCUUAUGAUUCACUUCCUAUGUUGGAAUUGUUGCUACUUACACUUUGUGAGUUACCAAUAGAGUUUGAAAGAAGACAUGCAGUGAAACGAGUCAAAUUGCAUGAAUGUUUAGUGAAUGGUUGGUGCAAGACAUCCUGGCUUUUGCAACAGGUUUUCUCCAUGUGUAGCCCAAAUUCUCAAGACACAGAUAAUGAUUUACACUUAUUAGCUAUGGAGUGUGCAUUAUCUUGGCUUAAAGUUGGUCAACUUCCUUUAGAAGCAACAGAACAGAUAUAUCUUCAUCUGCUGGCAGCUGCUGCAUAUUAUGCACCAAGCAGGGAAGUACACAGCGAGGAAAAUGUCAGAGGUUGGGAAGUUGUUCAAGAAUGCUUGAACAUAAUAGUGACCCAUUGUGAGCUCAGAAAGAGACCACAAACAUUGUGGGAGUGGGCACGGAGUUUGGUAACCAUGGCAAGACAGUACAAUGGAAAAUAUUUUUGUGAAAUACUGACUGCUAUUGGAGAGGCUCACAGUAGAAUGUUUCUAUAUGCUUUAGUAGAUGAAGGGAACGAAACACAGAAAUGGACUGUCGAAGGCUUAAUCGAGUUACUUUUGCAAUGUGUCGAGCAAAAAGGGCGAUAUCCUACGGAUGAAACACGCAGUUGUAUCCCAUUUGGAUUCUGGUAUGACUUACAGGACGAUCUUACCACUUUGGAUCAGCCUUAUGAAAAUCGUGCUUUGUUGGCCUUGAAGCCCGUUUACGCGAGACUGGCUCAAGCAUUGUUGAGGAAAUCGACGCUUCCCGCGUCCCCCACCGAGGCAGGGAACACAGACGAACGAGAACUCUUCAGAUGUUAUAGACAGGAUGUGGCAGAUACCUUAGACUAUUGUUAUAAAGUAUUAGAACAAGAUUUGCUAGUGCUUCUCGGACAGAAAUUGAGUCACACGUUGGACAGUUCAGAAAAAUGGACGGAGAUUGAAUCAACGUUGCACGCUUUUGGAGCUCUAGCUGACAGCGUCGGUAUAGAGGAGUCUCACUACAUUCCUGCCCUCAUGGAUUUGGUCCUUAGUCAUAUCCCUUACGAUCUCUAUCCUGAAGAGGUAUUGGCAUGUGCUUGUUCAACAAUGGGAGCAUACGCAGAAUGGAUAGGACAGCAUCCGGAUCCCUGGCUGGAGAGAGUGCUGCGGAUCGUGACUUUAGGCUUGACCAGAGGCGCAAUAACAGCACCCUUUGCAACCAUGGCUCUGAAGGACUUGGCUAGAGAGUGUGAGCAGCAACUCUCUCCGUUCGCCCCAUCUAUUCUCAACACCAUUGAACGGACUCUUCCAAAUGUCACUCCAGGAUGUGCAGAAGGACUUCGAUUGAUGUAUGCAGCUGGCAAACUAUUGAAUACUUUGCCUUCUGUGAAGGAACAACUAGCUCAUCUGGACGCUACAUUAGGCCUGUGCAUAAUAAAGAUUCGGCAGCUGUUGGAGCAGCCUUGGUUUAAAGCACGUGGUGCAGUGAUGAAUCAACUGAAAAUGGCCACCAUGUUCUUCUCUACAUUAGAAGGUUCCAUUGGAAAGGCUGUGCUAGAUGGUCUGUUACCAAUAUUUAGUCAAAUCGUGGCCCAUCCGGAGUGGGGUCAGGAUAAUUUCACGUUGGAAGAGAUGUACACCUGUGCCCAGAAGUCUCUGACGUCGUUGCUACACCCUGAAGAGGACGCCAGACCCCUACUUUCCAUUCUGGCAAACUCCUAUAAGAAUUGGCCUCACCCAGCAGCCCUAGGUCUCCUCAGACAGCUUGUACUACUAUUUGGACGAGAUCCAAACAACGUGAUAGGUCCAGUUUUUGCAAACAUAAGCUCAGUUACCUUAAGUGGCGUCAGAGCCUGCAGAUCGGUGAAUGGAAACCUAUCAGACUGGGCGGAAUUAAUGGAAGCAUACCUUGGACUGUUAGCUCAGAUUUGCAAAAAGAACACCAGAAUGCUGUUGCAGGUCCCUGAUCAAAUUCCUGAAAUGCUACAGUGUGGAAUAGACUGUUUGCCGCUUCCGGAAACGGCGACGGUCAGGGCAGCCGGAAACUUCCUCACCCACGCCAUCAUGCAGAGCCUACACCUGCAGACAUUCAUACAGCCCAUUGGUCAGCAAUUGGUCUCCAUGAUUUUACAGUGCGUGGGAGGGGAAGUACCACGGUCUCACUUGGAACCUCACGCGGAAGUUUUGUUAGCGUUGAACAAAACGUGCGUAGAAUGGAUUGUCCAGUGGCUUCAUACCGCUUUCGACGAAAACUACGCCUUAUUUAAAAUUUCUCAACAACAAAAGCAGGAGUUUGUGAAAAGAGUUGUAAGAGAACGAACGAACAAACGGGUGUGCGAAUUAUUGCAGGAUUUCAGUUUAGAGAAUUUGGCCUCGGCAAAUAAUUGGAAUGUAAUGACGCCCAAGCAAUAAAUGAAAAGAGAAAAACGGUAUCAAGUAACUUAAUCAUAUUGGAAAUUAAUGGAAAUAAACGCUACUCUGCUCUGUGUAAAAUAUGUACUGCUGCGAAUAGAAUCGACCAGGGUAACGUUUAUCUAUUGUGUAA